AUGUUACAACCUUAUACCCAAGACCAGCUGGAUCGCUAUUUCCGGCAUAUCGGAUAUUCGCCGAAGGAUGCCGAAGACGACCUCGGCAGGCUCGCCACGCUGCAGCUACACCACAUGGCCCGCGUUCCAUUCGAGAGUUUGACUCUGCAUUAUUCGAAACACCACCGAUUGUCACUGGACCUGGAGGACCUCUAUGAAAAGAUCGUCGACAGGGGGAGGGGAGGGUACUGCAUGGAGGUCAAUGCGUUCUUCGGGGCUGUCCUCCGCAGUCUUGGUUACACACUCAUUAACGUAGGAGGGAGAGUGAAGGCAGGCGAUGGGGAGUACAAAGGAUGGAAUCACAUGGUCAACAUCGUGACCAUCAACAACACCCGAUAUCUAGUUGACGUAGGAUUCGGUUCCAACGGUUCAGUUCACCCAGUUCCCCUGGAGCACAACCGCAUCUUUACCACAGUUUCUCCCGUUCGGGGGAAACUCGAAUACAAAAGCCUUUCGCAACACACAGACCAAGCCAGCCAAAGGAUAUGGGUCUACUCAACGCAGGAAAACCAGUCCGCGCCCUGGAAGGAAAUGUACUGUUUUGCCGCCGACAUGGAGUUCUUCCCCACUGAUUUCGAAGUCAUGAACCUGUCGACCAUGACCAGCCCGCAAAGCUUCUUUGUACAGACCGUCAUGUGCAUGUGGCUUUUGCUCAACGACGACAGCCACAAUGACAGCGACGACGAGGACGACAAAAAGGAACGGCAGCCUGGACCUGGACCUAUAGGCGUGCUAAUCUUGCACAAGGACUAUGUCAAGAGGAGGAUAGGCGGCAAGUCUGAGAUCAUCGAGCACUUUGAGUCAGAAGAGCAGAGAGUCGAGGCUUUGGAGAGGUAUUUCGGCAUUGUGCUUACGAGAAAAGAAAGGGAGGCAAUUCGUGGCUUGCCAAGCGAGUUAAAGACGAGGUGUGGGCAUUGUUAA